AUGAAUGGCUUUUGGUCGAAUUCAGCGCUGCGACAGCUGUUUGACAGCUCACUACUGCCCUCUAUUGGUAAAGUCUCGAUAUGCAGGGAGAGGCCUACUUACCGUGUGCUUCAGCACCACGUUUGUUAUAACAUCUCUCUUUCUCUCCCACCCUUAGCAUGUAAGCGCAAGGAGCAGGACCAUGGCCACUGUAAAGUUGGUGGUGACCGUGGCGGCAGCGGUGGCAGCAGCGACGGAAACCACAGCGGCAGCAACCACAGCGGUAAUGGUGGCCACUCCAAGAAGCCUCGGCUGGUGUUUACCGACGUCCAGAGAAGAACACUCCACGCCAUCUUCAAGGAGAAUAAGCGUCCGUCCAAGGAGCUUCAGAUCACCAUCAGCCAGCAGCUGGGCCUGGAGCUGACCACCGUCUCAAAUUUCUUCAUGAACGCACGCCGACGCAGCCUCGACAAGUGGCUCGACGACAACGGAGGCUCCACCCACUCCGCUAAUUCCUCCGUCUCCACCUGCAGCAAAGCCUGAGGAGGAGGGAGGGGGAGAGCGGGCACAGUUUUGAGUUGAUUUAACUUGGAAAAAAUAAGUUGCCACGCUGACUUACAAUUUUGAAUUAUGU